AUGACCAACAACCCUCUGACCUUAUUCUGUCUUGUUGACGGACUACCCUCUUCCAGGGCAUUCGAGAUCGAAGUCUCUCCAACACGCACCAUUGCAUACCUCAAGGACGUAAUCAAGACAAAACAAGUACCCGCGUUUGACGACAUCACGGUGGAUCAGCUCACUCUUUGGCACAUCGCCCAUCCCGUCAUUGCGGCCAACAAGCACCAGCCCGUUCUCCUGAACACCAUUGAUUCUCCAACAGAGCUCGACCCGACCGACGACAUUGCUGACGUCUUUGCCGAGGCACCACCCAAGAAGACCAUCCACAUCAUCGUCCAGCGACCCGAUCCAGACCUCAUCUCAGAGUCUGACUUCUUGCAGCAUGUGCCUGGUGGCAUUAUUGGCGAACAACAACGUCGGGACACCGGUAGGAGCUCCUCUUACCGUACGUAUGCGUAUUCGCCCUUGCCUCGGUCCUGGGACAUCUUGGACAGUGUUCUCAGCAUGGAACUGGACUCAGCCCCAAAACAUAAACGCCCGCAGUUCAUGGAAGACAGGACAUAUGCACCAGAAUCAAUGCUUCACGUCUUAUUCAGGCACGACAUUGGAUCCGUUAGAGUCUUGCCUCCUUUUGCGGACACUACCCAAACCAUGAACCUCAGAUGUGGCGCUCCUGACCUAGUGUGCCAGCGGAUGAACAGCGAUCGCGAUUUACCGGAGUCAUUUCUAUUCCCCAUCGAGAUCAAAAGACCAGCUGACUUACGAUCGGGAAACUUGGUGGGUGAUUAUGAGGCGCAGGAGCAGUCUGGCGCUUCAGAAGGCCCGGGGGACCAUCUCAGACAAGCCUUUGGGUACAUGCGACUAAACGGAUAUCGAUACGGCAUACUGUCAACCUAUGAGCAGACAUGGUUCUUGAAGCGAGGGGAUCGAAAUGUGGACCAUGACCUUAAGGUUUCACCUACGAUCGCUUUCGACCGUUUGGAACCUACUCUCCUCCAGUGUUACUUGUGGUUCAUAAGGCAGGCUGAUUCUGAUCCACGGCCUUUGGAUCCUCCGACCGAUACCGAACUGUCAAAGAUGAUCAAAGAUGAAGAGCGACGCCAAAAAAAGCGGAAGCAAACUCGCGAAUCGAACAGGAAAAACAAAUCGAACAUGAAAAACAAGCCAGCUAAGUACCGUGUGUCAUCCAUAUUUGGCUUAAACAAGACACAAUUGGCCGAUCGGAUGAUUAUGCCUGCUUUUGAGAGCAUGAGCCUGAUCUCGCGUGGUGAGCAUGCGCAAACCUACAAGGCGUCAUGGGGGGGUCAUAACGUUGUUGUGAAGAAAUGCGACAUCUGGAACCAAGGCCCGGUUGUGGAAGAGCUGAGGCAUGAGGCGAGGGUGUAUCAAGUGCUGCGAACCCUUCAGGGUCAAUACAUCCCUGAGCUGAGGUUUGCUGGAGUAGCGGACGGUAUGGAAAUGAUAUUGGUGACCGACUUUGUUGGGAGUGAAGUCAGCCAUAAGCGUUUGGAUGAUUCGGAUCAGGAAAAAAUCUGGGCGGCACUGUCAGCAAUUCACGAUCUGGGUGUCGUUCAUGGCGACAUCCGACCACAGAAUAUUGUUGUGCAGCACGAUGGCCCAAGCGUUCGGUUCUAUUUCGUGGACUUUGGACGGUCGCAGACUGGUGCUGACACGACCGAACGUGACUGGGAGAAGGAUGUCCUGGACUCUUUGCUGCAAGAGAUGGCCGGGGACCGGUCAUAA